UACGUUCGCGCAGUUGCGCCGCGACAACUCCGCCGACGCUUUUUCCACAGCUCCUUUUUCAACAUUGCUUUUGGGAAUGGCGAAACCACACACACCCAACUGACCUGAGCCUUUGUGGGAUAUCUAAACCAGGUAUGAGGAGCAACGCUAGCUGGUCUGUUUAGGGCAGGAAGUAUUUGGAUUGCUGACCUUUACUAAGCAGAACUCCUGAAAAGCGCCAACCCCCAAACAACGUGCUACUAGCAAACCUUUGGCGCCCUGCGAAAGUGGAAGAAGCCCUCCUAGCACGUUGACACAAAGGAUGCCACAGACCCGGAACCAGUUGCUCCGUGCGGCGGUGGCAAAGGACAGGGAAACCCAUGUGUUUUGCGAUAUAUGGAAUCAGACAUCAAAUGAGCCCUGUUCAAGAGCUCCCCUCCGCCGCAAGGCCAGCAGUGCCAAGGGAGUUGCCCAACACUUCACUCUCUUGAAUGAAGAAAUGCGUUCCUGGCUGCGUACUUCCCAACACUUCCAUCUACGGGCCCCCGAGCUUGCCGACACAGUGCAGUUGUACGGGUGCAAGUCCUGCAUGAAGAAAGUGAGAGCGGAUUGGCGGAGCACGCUUCCUCUCCCCAGCGGUGACGGCACUUCUCCCCGCAGCGGUGACACUCCUCCCCCCAGCAGUGACGGCACUCCUCCCCCCAGCGGUGACGGCACUCCUCCCCCCAGCGGUGACAGCACUCCUCCCCCCAGUGGCGAUGCUGCCAACCUGCCCCCUCCCACUGUGCGUACUCAGUCUCACGUUGAUAUUCGCCUCCCCAAGCGACUCAUGCGCCCACUUCAGUGGAAGUUUAGAGGUAAUGCCCCUCCUGACGCUGAAGGUCGCCGCAGCCAGUCCCGUACAACAUCUGGUGUCCUCGAAGGUUCAUCCGCAAAGCCGUGGGACAAACUGGAGAUGCUGUUCUUCCUCGGACUCACGGAUGAGGUUGAAGAUGAAGACAAGGGGGAUGACAGGAUUGACGAACCGACGACGCCAGGGCCUGAGGGGAGGACCUACGCAGCAAAGCUGCAGAUGCUCAUGGAGAACCCACUUGAGGAUGAGCACGGCCAGCUCCUUUUCCCUAUCGGAAACAUGGAACGGUUUAUUGAUCAUAUGAAUACCACAUGCGAUGGGCUGUUUGACAUGAAGAUGACCACGGUCGUCGGGGACGUGCCUCUGAAGCGCAGCUCAAAGUGGAGUGAGAAACACCGCGAUAGGAUCCGCCGCAGAGUGUUCAUCUCGAUCCUGCUCGAUUUUAGCACCCAACACCUUCAUGCGAAUCACCUCCAGCGCUGGAUGUCCACCCAGCUCCAGCUUUCCAACGUCAGCACCGAUCAGCAGACAAAGAUCGCCAGGGUUGGCCUCUCCCUUGUCCCGCAACCCAACACUGUCCGAGCGCAGGCUGCCAUUGCCGCUCACAAAGGGGACGUGUCCGCGCAACUUGCGCUUCCAAACACAUCCGCCGUGGUUCUCGUUGAUGAUUUCAAUUGGCAUCAGGGGAGAGGCACGCCAAAUGAGCGGGGAAAGUGAUCGAUUACCCGGACAACAGCAAAUGUUGGAGUGCGUACUUGGGAUGUAUCGAAGAUGCCUCGCCUACCUUCUGGGCUGGGGCUGUUGCGCCCCAAUUUUCACACAAUCGGGUUUGCAGAGGAUCAGCAUGUUCUUUCGCAGUAUUGUCGGCUGUUGGAUCGGACACUGACAUCCUACAUUGUCAAACGUGGGAACGGAGGGGAAAUACGCCAUAUGUAUGACACCCGGCGCUUGGAUCAGGUGUGCUCCAUCAAAAACUUUGUGGCGUUGGCAAG